GCGCGCGCUGAGAGGCAGGCAGGCGGCUUGGCGCGGAGCUGCUGUGGUUGAUCUGCUGCUCGGACCCGCGGACAGGGACGGACUGCGAUACCCGCUGCAAACAUGUCGGACGACGAACAGCAGGAGCAGACCAUCGCGGAGGACUUGGUGGUGACCAAGUAUAAGAUGAGCGGGGACAUCGCGAACCAGGCUCUAAAGUUGGUCAUUGAGGCCGCUAAACCGGGUGUGUCUGUCCUUAGCCUGUGUGAAAAAGGAGAUGCUUACAUCAUGGCAGAGACUGGGAAGGUCUUCAAGAGGGAGAAGGACAUGAAGAAAGGCAUUGCGUUCCCCACCUGCGUGUCAGUCAAUAACUGUGUAUGCCACUUCUCUCCUUUGAAGAGCGACCCUGACUACACACUUAAAGAUGGAGACUUGGUCAAAAUUGAUCUUGGAGUUCAUGUUGAUGGAUUUAUCGCCAAUGUGGCCCAUAGCUUUGUUAUUGGUGCAAGUAAGGAAGCACCUGUGACGGGAAAGAAAGCCGACGUUGUGAAAGCUGCGUAUUUGUGUGCAGAGGCAGCCCUUCGUCUAGUAAAACCUGGCAACCAAAACACACAAAUUACAGAGGCCUGGAACAAGAUCGCUCACUCGUUCAAAUGCAAUCCAAUUGAGGGUAUGCUAUCCCAUCAGUUAAAGCAGCAUGUCAUUGAUGGAGAGAAAACUAUCAUCCAAAACCCCACAGACCAGCAAAGGAAAGACCAUGAAAAAGCAGAGUUUGAGGUCCAUGAAGUGUAUGCCGUGGAUGUACUCAUCAGUACAGGAGAAGGAAAGGCAAGAGAUGGAGGACAGAGGACCACCAUCUACAAACGAGACCCCAGUAAACAAUAUGGCCUGAAGAUGAAGACCUCCAGAAUUUUUUUCAGUGAGGUUGAGAGACGCUUCAACGCCAUGCCUUUCACUCUCCGGGCAUUGGAAGACGAAGGGAAAGCCCGUCUGGGAGUAGUAGAGUGUGCCAAACAUGAGCUGCUGCAGCCAUUCAGUGUACUCAAUGAAAAGGAAGGUGAAUUUGUAGCUCAGUUCAAGUUCACAGUGCUGCUGAUGGCCAAUGGGCCUUUAAGAAUCACCAGUGGUGCAUUUGAGCCAGAAUUCUACAAAUCUGAGUUUGAUGUUCAAGAUCCUGAGCUGAAGUCUCUGAUACAGAGCUCAGCAAGUCGUAAAGCACAGAAGAAGAAGAAAAAGAAGGCUUCCAAGACUGCAGAAAAUGCUACAUGGCGGCCAGCAGAAAAUGAAGUUGCAGCAGAAUAGAUAACAAUACUCACCCCACCACCUCUCCGCCCCCAUCCAAUAAAUACACUCUCACAUAUGCACAUACAUAGACAAAUGUAUAACACCUUAAAAGAGUAAAAAAAAAAACUUUGUCUUGCCCCGCUUUUAACCUCUUGCCCAUUGAAAACACUGUCCAGGAGUCACUUUAAGAACAUUUGACAUAUACUGGAUAGUGUCCCUUUGGAACAACAUGAAUUUUGAAAUUGGAAAACAGUGACUUUGUACUGAUUUUCAUAUGGAAUAUAUUUGCUCUUACCUUUUUGAAGCACUUCAUAUUAAAACCUGGAACACCUUUUCAAAAUGUAUCUAAUUAAAAAAAAGAAACUAGCAGAUAUUUUGUAGUUCGGAGUUUCGCCAUAUCAAUUGUUGCUCAAAUGUUGCUCAACUAAAACUGUACCAGAUUAUGGAGGGGAAAGUGAAUUUACUAAAAUCUAUUAUCAUUCCUCAGGAUUGGGAUGUUUUUAUUUCUGAGCCAAACCUCCUACUAUGGAGUAGUAUAUGUUUGUUUUAUGAAUCUGGAGAUCUUUAGUGCAGUAUUGGAGUGUUUUCAAGGGCAUUAGAAUAUGAAUUCUCUUCACAGGAUUCCUAAACACUCCAUACUUGUGAAACCAGAUUAUUAUAAAACGGGAACUUAGAAAAAGUGUGUUUCCUUUAUAAACUGCCAUCCUUGUCUUCUCUCUGAAGUCUGACUGAGCUUUAAACUAGAGGGCAGCUUUGUCUGAUCGCUCAUGGUUUCUCCUUUCAUCCUUUUGUCAUUGAUUUUCCAAAAAAAGAGAAAAGGAUCAAAAGGUUCUGUGUUGUGUAAAGCUUGUAUUGGAUCAGGAAACUAGUCUCAAUUUCAAACUACACUCAACAUAAGUAACAUGUUGAAGCCCAUGUAACGUUUAGUAUUAUGUAAGGUGUGGGACCAGGUCCAAAUUACAGCUAAGCCACUUUCCCAGGCCUUUUUCCCCUCCGAACAAACAAACCACAUUCCCUUUUGUAGUGAACAGUAAACAUGGACUAUAUUUGACUCUAUUAAGGUUAAGUUACAGUACUAUAAGGUCAUUGUAAGAAAUAAUCUCAUUCUACGUCAACACUUCUAUGCUGAGAGGCUUUUCAUACACUCCCCUUCAAAUAAUAUUGGAGCAGUGAGGACAGUCACUUUCUAUUUCUAUAACAUUUUGGGCAUUACUUUAAAAUAUGAGUAUUAGACAAAAUAUCAACAUUUCAGUUUGUUUUCUGGUAUUUAAGUCUGGGUCUGAUCCACAGUUCAGAGGAUAGCACUAUUUGUCUGAACCAGACAAUUCAUAGGGCUGGAAUAAAGGUAUCAGGAGCAACCAAACUAAUGUACAGAGGCUUUAUCACACAGUGCACACCUCUAAUUAGCAAGAAGAAUAAGAAGGCCAAGCUGUAUUUUUCCAAGAAGUAUAGAUACAAGCCUUAAAAAUGGCUGAGAUAAAGAUUAGCCUUUACCAAUGUGACGGAAAGGCUAAAGUUUGGAAAACAAAAAAGAUCUGCUCACCCACUAUAUAAUGACCCAAAACACACUGCCAAAACUACAAAGGAGUUCAACAGGGGCAAGAAGUGAAAGGUUUUAUACUAGCAUGUCAAUCUCCAGAUUUACCUCUAUAGAUAAUUCAUUUUACUUGUAGCGGAGACUAAAGGAACUAAUCUCCAAGACAAACACCAUCUGAGGAAGGCUGCUGUGAAAGCCUGGGGGAAAAAACAUGACAAAAUAAUAAUGCAAAAGUUUAGUUAUGUCAAUGUGUCAAAGGCUUGAUGCAGUUAUUGCAAGCAAAGGAUUACAACUAAAUAUUAAGUCUUAUUCACUUUAGUCUAACUUCAUAUCAACUUUCAAUAUUUUAGCUCACAAAAAAUGAGUGGGUUUAGACAAAAGGUACUAUCUUGUGAACUGUGGAUCAGAUUUAGAAUACUUGGAAAUAAAAGAAACGUGAGGUUUCACCGCACUGUUCCAAUACAGUUGGAGGGGAGUAUAUAUGGUCCUUGUUAAUAGAUGUUCAACAGAUUAAAAUAAAUUGAAUGAAUUUGGCUUUAGCCUACUUGACACUGGACUAGGUUAAAUAUUGGCCUGACUCUUGACAGGCUUAUUUAGAAUAACUACACUACAGCCUUGUUCUAUUUCCACCAAGAAGGGCUUAGAGAAUGUGGCCCAGCUCUGAUUCAGGACUUGGAACAUGUAUGAACAUAGCCAGUUAUUACUGGGCACAUAAGGAGGAAUGUGAUGUGUCUGUGGUGAGCCGAGCCAUGUUUAGCCUUCCUUUCCUUCCCUUUCCACAUCCUUAUCUCAGGCAAUGCCUAAGGAACUACAGAGGUGAUGUGGCGUGCCUAAGACUUCUCCAGACUGACACAACCUUGUUUUUGUAGGAACAACCAGCAUAUGGGACUAUUUUACAACUAAUGAAAUAAAAUGAAAAUUUGAAUAUUUUUUCCUUAA